UUUCCCCAUUAUGGCGGAAGGGCCAGCCGUGCGGAUGGACUGUCUCUCCCACUCUGAUGCUUGUUUUGUGUCUUGAGGGAGGGGUUUUGUUUUUUAUUUUUAUUUUUUAACAUUUCCCCGCAACAGCCCGGUUUCUUUUCAACUAGACCGCACUCGAGUUUGUCGGCGAAGCCAUGGCGGACCGCGGCGUGGAUUUGUCCGCCCUGCCUAAAGAGGUUAGAGACCAGUUGGCUGAGUUGGAUCUGGAGCUGUCUGAAGGUGACAUCACGCAGAAGGGCUAUGAGAAGAAGAAAGCCAAGCUGCUGGCCUCCUACAUCUCCCACUUGCCAAAUGUGGAUCUGCCUCUACCAGAUGUGCAGCUUUCCCCGAGCCGCAGUGCCGACCCUAGCCCUAGUCCUGAGGCCCCGGGUCCCUCCAGCUCUUCAGCCUCCAGACAUCAUCGUGCACACCGCAGUGGAGGCGCCAGGGAUGAGCGCUAUAGAUCAGACAUCCACACAGAAGCUGUGCAGGCAGCACUGGCCAAGCACAAAGAGGAGAAAAUGGCACUUCCCAUGCCAACCAAGAGACGCUCAGCCUUUGUCCAGUCUCCCAUAGAUAACUGCACACCUCCGGACACAUCUUCUGCAUCAGAAGAUGAAGGCUCACUGCGCAGGAAGGCAGCACUCAGUGCAGUACUAGCUCAGACCCUGCAGAGCCCUGAUUACUGGAUCAACCGCUCCGUCCAAAGCUCUUCCACAUCCUCAUCUGCUUCCUCCACCCUCUCCCAUGGAGAGCCCAAGACCCAGCCACAGCCCCAGCCUCAGCCUGCUGUUUCACUGUUAGCAGACGUACUAGCGCACACACGCAUUGAAAACAGUGUGCCCCCAGAUGUGACGUCCUCCGCUUCUCAAGAAAGAGGGUCCAGGGUGGAUCUCCCCCCAGCGGUCAGGGGCAUGAGCCGUGGACAGAGUCGCUCCAGCAUGCUGGAUACUGCUGACGGAAAAAGAAAAGGCGUGCCUGUCAACAGCAGGGUGUCCACUAAGAUCCAGCAGCUGUUGAACACACUCAAACGUCCCAAAAGACCACCACUCAGUGAAUUCUUCCUUGAUGACUCUGAGGAAAUCGUAGAAGUUCCCCAGCCAGACCCCAACACCCCAAAGCCCGAGGGACGUCAAAUCAUUCCAGUGAAGGGGGAGCCCCUCGGAGUGGUCAGUAACUGGCCUCCUGCCCUGCAGGCUGCCCUUGCCCGCUGGGGGGCCACCCAGGCCAAGAGCCCUGCCCUCACUGCCCUGGACAUCACCGGCAAACCCCUCUACACACUCACAUAUGGUAAACUAUGGAGUCGCAGUCUGAAGCUGGCCUAUACACUUCUGAAUAAACUGGGCACGAAGACUGAGCCUGUACUUCAACCUGGAGAUCGAGUGGCGUUGGUGUAUCCAAACAGUGACCCUGGCAUGUUCUGGGUGGCUUUCUACGGCUGUCUGUUAGCUGAAGUCAUCCCUGUGCCUAUUGAGGUGCCACUGUCCCGGCAGGAUGCAGGCAGCCAGCAGAUUGGCUUCCUAUUGGGCAGCUGUGGUGUGAGUUUGGCGCUGACUAGUGAGGUGUGUCUCAAAGGGCUGCCCAAGACACAAAAUGGAGAGAUCAUCCAGUUUAAAGGUUGGCCAAGGAUGAAAUGGGUAGUGACAGACACCAAGUAUCUGACCAAACCAUCCAAAGACUGGCAGCCUCACAUUCCCACAGCCAACACUGACACUGCCUACAUAGAGUACAAAGCAAGUAAGGAGGGAACAGUGAUGGGAGUCGCUGUGUCUAAGAUUUCCAUGCUGACUCACUGUCAAGCUUUGACUCAGGCCUGUAACUAUUGUGAAGGGGAGACAUUGGUCAAUGUGUUGGACUGUAAGAAGGAUAUGGGCAUGUGGCAUGGCGUCUUAACGAGCGUUAUGAACAGAAUUCACACCAUUACUGUGCCAUAUUCUGUCAUGAAGGCCUGUCCCAUGUCCUGGGUGCAAAGGGUCCACAUUCACAAAGCACGUGUGGCCUUGGUGAAGUGCCGUGACCUCCACUGGGCCAUGAUGGCCCACAAAGAACAGAAAGACAUCAACUUGUCUUCUAUACGUAUGCUUAUAGUAGCUGAUGGCGCCAACCCAUGGUCCGUGUCCUCGUGUGAUGCCUUCCUGAAUGUGUUCCAGUCUCAUGGUCUGAAGCCUGAGGUCAUUUGUCCAUGUGCCACCUCUCCUGAGGCCCUGACUGUGGCCAUACGCAGGCCAGGUGCACGAGGAGCUCCGCUGCCAGCCAGGGCCAUCCUGUCCAUGGGUGGGCUGAGUCACGGAGUGAUCCGGGUGAACACAGAAGACAAGAACUCUGCUCUGACUGUACAAGAUGUGGGUCACAUUAUGCCUGGAGCUCUGAUGUGCAUUGUGAAACCAGAUGGAUCUCCUCAGCUGUGCAAGACAGAUGAGAUAGGAGAGAUUGUGAUCAACUCACGGGCUGGAGGCACCAUGUACUACGGCCUACCGGGCGUCACCAAAAACACAUUUGAGGUUAUUCCAGUCAACCAAGCUGGAGCGCCUGUUGGAGAAAUUCCCUUCACUCGAACUGGCCUGCUUGGAUUUGUGGGACCGGGGAGUCUGGUAUUUGUUGUAGGGAAGAUUGAGGGGCUCCUGAUGGUGAGUGGGAGACGGCACAAUGCUGACGACCUGGUGGCCACGGCGCUAGCAGUGGAGCCUGUCAAAACAGUUUACAGGGGGAGGAUCGCAGUGUUUUCUGUGACAGUGUUUUAUGACGAGAGGAUAGUGAUUGUGGCAGAGCAGAGGCCCGAUGCCAGUGAGGAAGACAGCUUCCAGUGGAUGAGUCGAGUACUGCAGGCCAUCGACAGUAUCCACCAGGUUGGCCUGUACUGUCUUGCGCUUGUGCCAGCCAACACCCUUCCAAAGACGCCUCUGGGAGGCAUCCACAUCUGUGAAACCAAGCAGAACUUUUUGGAGGGAAACCUUCACCCCUGCAAUAUCCUCAUGUGCCCGCACACCUGUGUCACAAACUUGCCCAAGCCACGGCAGAAACAGCCAGUGGAUGUUGGACCAGCUUCUAUGCUGGUUGGCAACUUGGUGGCAGGGAAGCGGAUUGCCCAGGCUAUAGGCAGAGAGCUGGGUGUGGUGGAGGACCAGGAUCUCAUCCGAAAGCACCAGUUCUUGUCUGAAGCUCUUCAAUGGAGAGCCCAAACGGACCCUGACCAUAUUCUAUAUGUGCUGCUCAAUUCCAAGGGGGUAGCAGUGUGCACAGCAACUUGUGCUCAGCUACACAAGAGAGCAGAGAAAAUCACAGCUACCCUGAUGGAGAGAGGAGGUCUUAACACAGGAGACAAUGUGGUGCUGCUUUAUCCCCCGGGUAUUGACCUAAUAGCUGCCUUCUAUGGCUGUCUCUACGCGGGGGUCAUUCCUGUGACUGUGAGGCCACCCCACCCACAGAAUCUGGCUGCUACUCUCCCCACUGUCCGCAUGAUCAUUGACGUGAGCAAAGCAGCCUGCAUCCUCACCACUCAGCCUCUCAUGAGGAUCCUCAGGUCCAGGGAGGCGGCUGCCAGCGUCAAUGUCAAAACAUGGCCCACAAUCAUUGAUACAGAUGAUCUUCCCAGAAAGCGGCCUCCACAUAUCUACAAACCUCCUACAGCUGAGAUGCUGGCCUAUCUGGACUUCAGUGUGUCCACCACAGGCAUGCUGACUGGAGUUAAGAUGUCUCAUGCUGCAGUCAGUACUCUGUGCCGCUCCAUUAAGCUGCAGUGUGAGCUCUACUCGUCACGCCAAGUAGCCAUCUGCCUGGACCCAUACUGCGGCCUGGGCUUCGUCCUGUGGUGCCUCUCCAGUGUUUACUCAGGUCACCAGUCCAUCCUUAUUCCUCCCCUGGAGCUGGAGAGCUCGCUGCCUCUGUGGCUGAGCACGCUCAGUCAGUACAAGAUCAGAGACACCUUUUGCUCGUAUUCUGUUAUGGAGCUCUGCACCAAAGGCCUGGGCACCCAGACGGAGAUCCUGAAGGCGCGUGGUCUGAAUCUGUCGUGUGUGCGGAGCUGCGUGGUGAUAGCAGAGGAGCGUCCUCGCCUCGCUCUUACGCAGUCCUUCUCCAAGCUCUUCAAAGACCUCGGCCUGUCACCUCGCGCCGUCAGCACUGCCUUCGGCUCAAGGGUCAACCUGGCCAUCUGCCUGCAGGGUACUGCUGGACCAGACCCCUCUACUGUCUAUGUUGACAUGAAGUCUCUGCGUCACGACAGGGUGAGGCUAGUGGAAAGAGGUGCGCCACAGAGUCUUCCACUCACGGAGUCAGGCACUAUCCUUCCAGGAGUGAGGGUCAUCAUAGUCAACCCAGAGACCAGAGGCCCACUGGGAGACUCGCAUCUUGGUGAAAUUUGGGUGAACAGCCCACACAAUGCCAGUGGCUACUACACCAUCUAUGGGGAAGAGAGCUUGCAGGCAGACCAUUUCAACACCAGACUCAGCUUUGGGGAGCCCCACACUUUGUGGGCCAGGACCGGCUACUUGGGCUUCAUCAAGAGAACGGAGCUGCUGGAUGCAAGCGGAGAUCGCCAUGAUGCCUUGUUUGUGGUGGGCUCCCUCGAUGAAACGUUGGAGUUGAGGGGGCUGCGUUAUCACCCCAUUGAUAUUGAGACUUCCGUGUCCCGUGCCCACCGCAGCAUCGCAGAGAGUGCGGUGUUUACAUGGACCAACCUGCUGGUGGUGGUGGCAGAGCUAAGCGGCUCAGAGCAGGAGGCCUUGGACCUGGUUCCCCUUGUCACCAACGUGGUUCUGGAGGAGCACCACCUCAUCGUCGGAGUGGUGGUCAUCGUGGACCCGGGGGUGAUCCCUAUCAACUCCAGAGGAGAGAAGCAAAGGAUGCACCUGCGAGACUCCUUCCUGGCAGACCAACUGGACCCCAUCUACGUGGCCUACAACAUGUGAACGCCCUUCACCAACUGAUGCAGAAACCUGAGCCCGGCUCUGAGAACAGACAUGAGGGAGAAGGACUUGGGGUGUGUGUGUACAGUAGCAGCCCCAAAGUUAAAACCUCAGACACACAUUCAAAACACCAAACGGUGUGGGAGCGCGACAACAACUCAAGUACUGUAACAACAACAUGCUUCCCUCUCAGAAACUGUUCUGUCUUUACUUCCACCUGCUCGAUUGCUGCAGUCCAGGUUCACUGAGAUUUCUACUGUGGGGGCUGACGCUUUCUCUGCUCUUGAAAGGUAGACACGUGUCAACUGGGAGAGAUCCGAUUGUCCUUUCUUUGCAUCCCACUUCUCCCUCAUCAAUCUAAUCCAUGUUUUUAGAACAUUUUAAUUCCUCCCAGAAAGAGAAGAAAGAAAUCCUCCCCUCAUUUUUCCGCCCUUUUGUUUUUAUCCUGAACCAUUCACACUCAUGUGUCCGAUUUCUUUUCUUUUCUUUUUUUUUAACCCCUGUAAUCUUGAAGGUGCACUGGAACUUCUCCCCUUGCACUUUAUGUCCUCGCACCUCUCAGUCCAUCUCCUGUCUCUCUGCUGCUGUCACAAGAGCAAAUCCACAUCAGUAUUAAACAGUGCCACCAGCAAGUGCAGCCCACAGUGGCGAUCCUGACAUACUGCCUCCUAGGUGCACAGUGGCGUUCAAUUUCCAUCACAUCCGGUGUUUGCUAGCAGACGUAGUGUUGCCAUUGACAAAAUAUCUUAAAUAGCACUUGAAUUACUUGUUGGUGUGGGAAAAGAAAGACUUCAUAAACCUGAAUAGUAAAGAUGAAACAGAUUCUUUAUCUUUGGUGUGAGUAGGAGUUGGUGAGUUAGAUAGCUCGUAUGAUUGUGAUAGUACUAAUAAUCUAUUUUUUAAAGCGGCAAUUUUCAGAACAACUUUUGAAACUAUAGUCGGUGUUUAGGUGUGCAUGCCAGUUGGGAGUGCAGGUAAUGUCUACAUGCGGGCUUAAAACAAACAAAGAAAAAAAGCAACCUUAGCAAGCCAAGGAUUCUCACAGCAGUUUUUUUUUUGCUGCCUAUGCUGAAUAUUCAGCCUUACCCACAGUUUGUGGCUCUCAUGUAUAAGCAUUCACAGCCUCCCAGCACUCAAUAAGAGUUCCUCUUAAAUAAAGAAAUAAGUACCUGGUGUUAAUAGGCUGAGAAUGUUGUUUAUAGACAUUUACCCUGUUCUGAAGGUAUUUCCACUCAUCUUAAAGAUUAGUUUCAACCUUCUGUUUCUCAGUAAAAUCCUUUAACCUGUUUUAUAGUUUGCAGUUAACUGUCCUUACUCUUUUGUACUGCACAAGAUAAUUUUGUAAAGAAACAAUUAUGUAUGAAUAUAAAUUAUAACACUGUUUAUGUUGUACAAAUUUAGCUACCUUUUUAAUUUUUUUUUACUGUGUAGCAGAACAUUUUGUUCAUGUAAAAGUUUUUGUUCAUUUGUUUGUUUUGAGGAAAUAUCUUGAGAACAGAGGUGUCCGUGUCUUUUUUUUUUUAACACAGGGUAUUUAUUUUCUUAACAAACUUAAAAAACGUACUUUUAAAAAAAACUUUUGUGACUUCACCCAUAAGAAGAAUGAAGUGCGAGUGAAAUCUAGUUGAUCGCACCUUCAAGGUCGUAUCUGUGUGCGCCUCAGAACAGCUUCCAGCUCUCCUGCUGCGAUUCAGUCUCUCCCUCCAAGUUCGUUCGGACCACUUGCAGGUGCAUUAAAUUGAACAAAUUUCAAAUCGGCUUUAAUUUUGUUAAAGAGGACACAGCCUCACAGAUACCAAAUCUGGUAGAAAUGGAGUUGGCACAGCUCAAAACUUACUGCGCUUUCUAUGCGACGUGGGUGGGCGCACAAAAACGUGUGCAGCAGGGAAGUUUUACAGUAGGACUUGCUGUUACGGUGUGCAGCUUUCGGGCCUGGAUCUCGAAGGGGGUCGGGUGAUUUUUUUUUUUUUUUUUUGUAGCCUUUAUUUGACAGAGCAGGAAAGUAGGAGAGAGCAAAGGGGGAGUGACACACAGGAAAUGGUCCAAGGUGGAAUUGAAUCCACGCUCCUGCAGCUUUUUGGCCUAUGGGUCACCUGCUCAACCAAAUAAGCUACAGCAGCACCAGGUGUGCAAAUUUAAGGUGUAUGGUGGACUUUCAGGGAGAGAUUCAAAUGUAGCAGGAGCACUGAUCGGGUUCUGGAGGUACUCUGAAUUUAAGUAAAGAAGAGUUUGUUUGUUUUUAUGGGCAAAGUCACCAAAAAUUUUAAUCGUCAUGUUUAGCUCUGUGACUUUCAUGUAAUGUUAAUACGUCAGAGGCACAAUCUGGAGUUUGCCACUCUCGGUUCUGGGAAAAAGAAGGAAAAAAAAAAAAGACCCCAAAAACUUCAACUUAAGGUCCAGACUCUCUGUGUAAGCUGUGUGUUCGAAGACCUUUUGUUUGGCUUCACAGGAUGAGUCGCUGUUGAUCUUGGCUUGAUCUGAGGUUCUGGAGUGAGCUGCUAGCUUUCGGUCUGUGUGUAGUUUUCCACCUUAUAUCAAAGAACGUGUUUCAUUUAGUGUCACAGCUGAUUAGACAACAUCUGAAGGCAAGUCAGUGCCUUUUACCAUGGCGACAUUUAUGAACUAUUGAAUUGAAAAGAAGAAAAAAAAAAAAAA